AUGUCGUCUUCCCUGGCGACGGCUGCCUCGAGGGCGACCGACGCGGCGACCGACGCGGCGACCGACGCGGCGAGCGGCUUGCUGCGGCGCGUCUUCUUCCUGCUGCCCCUCUUGCUCGACGGCGAUGUGGCACAGUUGCGCGUGGUGUGCGAGCUCAACGCGGCGGAGGAGCGCUUUGAGUACGGCCCUGCGUACCGCACGCUCGCGGGCAUGUGGGCGUCGCCAGCUGCUGCGGUGGGGCAGCGCGCCGCACGCGGCGCGCACUUGUCGGGCUUCGAGACGCGAGCCCUCAAGGCCGGCUGCGCCGAAGAGGCACCUGCGAUGGCGACACUGAACGUGACGGCGUGGACAGCGCGCGCGCUGUCUGCCGACGCCGGCCCCGAGGCGGCGGCGGCAUCAUCGCUGGUCCUCUCCGGAGCGGUGUCGAGCGCCGCGUCCGGCGCGGGCGCCACUCGUGCGACGGCGGCGGCGGCUGGCGGGCCUCGUUCUGUCGCGCUGCCGGUGUGGCUGCUGACGAGCCGCGCGCUCGGCGCCCGGCCAUCGGGCGGGUCUGGCGCGUCCGCGCAUGCGGGCAUGAUGGGUGGGUUUGGCCCGCCAAUCAUUGACCUCGACGCCGCUGCGGCAGUGGCGGGCUCGGCGGCGGCCGCCGCGAAGCUUGGGCUCGGGUACUCGGGCUUGCCUGAGCCCGAGGUCGCUUUCGACGCCGGCCGGCCGCGCGCCGAGGAGAGCUCCCCGCCCGCGGACGGCGAGGUCGAGUUGCGCGUGCGAGCGGUCGGUCUCAACUUCCGCGACGUGCUCAACGUCCUCGGCGUGUACCCCGGCGACCCCGGUCCUCCCGGCAGCGACUGCGCUGCAGACGUGGCUCGCUGCGGCGGCGGCGCGCCGCACCUGCGCGUGGGCGACGCUGCGUGCACCCUGCCGACGACGUGGUGCACGGUUCACAUGUCGCUCCUCGCGUCGCGGCCUCGCGCGGGCCACCACGCGCUGCUGCAAGCGGGCGCCGGUGGCGUUGGCCUCGCAGCGGGCGAGUACACACAUUGGGUCGGCACGCGCGCAAGCGUGACGGUCGGCCGGCCGUACAAGCAUUGGUAUUUGCAUGGCACGGGUCUGCGCGGCGAGACGCUCAGCUCGCGGGACGGCGGCGCGUUCCUCGCCGGCGCGGCGGCGCUCGGCGGCUGCUUGUGCGAGAUCGGCAAGCGCGCGGUGUGGAGUGCGGAGCGGCUGCGGAGCGCGUCGCUUGCGCGCUACGUGGCGAUCGCGCUCGACAGCACGAUCGAGCAGACGCCGGUGUGGAUGCGGGGCACACUCCAGCGGUUGUCUGCGCACGCGGCGGCGCGCGUGCUGCACGGGCUGCCACUGCAGAGCUUCGGGCUGGAGCGCAGCCUGCUCUCCGCGUUCCGCAGCCUGCAGGCCGGCACAAACACCGGCAAGUGGCUGGCGGCGGGCGGGGCUUCCACGGCUGUGCUUGCGGCGUGCGGCGGCGCGGUGUCGGAGGCGGACGGCCCGCGGCUGCGGAAGGCGCGGCCGCAAUGCUCCGUGUGCGUGGCGCGCGCCGAUGCGGCGGAGCUGGCCGACAUCCGGCGGCUGUGGGUUUAG